AUGUUUGAUAAACUUAAGAUUAAAUCAAAGGGUUCCAAAAUUGGCCCAGCUUCGCCAGCUGCAACUCCUGGUAAAGCACCAACGAAGAAGCAAAUAUACCAAUCACGUCAUAAUUUUGGUGUGAAUAUUGGAGCUUGUUUCGUGAUGGAAAAGUGGAUAUUUCAUGAAUUAUUCCCAGAAGGAGCAGAUUGUGAAUUAGAAGCUGUUAGCAAGCAAGUAGAACAAAGUGGUGAAAAGGAAGCUCAAAAGAAGUUUGAGCAUCAUUGGACCAACUUUAUGAACGAUGAUGACUGGAAGUGGUUGCAUGAUCAUCACGUUGAAAGUGUUAGAGUACCAAUUGGAUACUGGGAAGUGGGUGGUGGAAAAUAUGCCAAGGGUACUAAAUUCGAGAAGUAUGCUAAAUCUGUGUACUCUAAUGCGUGGGAUAUUUUUAAAAAGGAAUUUAUAGAAAAAGCUGGUAAACACAAUAUUUCAGUUGUGGUUGAUAUUCACGGGUUACCUAAAGGAGCCAACGGAUCGGAUCACAGUGGUGAAAAAUCUGGCGGAGAAGCUGGAUUCUGGAACUGUCAGGAGUCACAACUUUUGGUCUGUGAUAUGUUGGAAUUUAUCGCUAAAGACUUAAAGAAAUACGAAAAUAUUGCUGCCAUUCAAAUUGUAAACGAAGCGGAAUUUGCAAAUGAUCCAAAAAGACAAUCACGCUACUAUGCGGCUGGUAUUUCACUGAUUCGUAAAGCAGACAGUGAAGUUCCAGUGGUUAUAUCUGACGGUUGGUGGCCAGAUCAGUGGGUUAAAUGGGUCCAAGACAACCAAUCUGAUGGAGAAUCAUUAGGAGUUGUAGUUGACCAUCAUUGCUACCGCUGUUUCUCUGAUGAUGAUAAGAAGAAGUCUCCACAGGCAAUCAUUGGUGAUUUAGACAAAGACUUAUUAACGAACCUCAAUGAUAACGGUAAAGGGGUAGACUUUAUGGUUGGGGAAUAUUCUUGUGUGUUAGACGGUGACUCCUGGGGAAGAGAUGGGGCCAAUGACAAGAGAGAUAAUUUGGUAGUUGAUUAUGGUAGACGUCAAGUUGAACUUAUUUCCCAAAGAGCUGGCUUCGGAUCCUACUUCUGGACCUUCAAAUUCCAGUCAGGAAAUGGAGGAGAAUGGGACUUUAGAACCAUGUUUGAUAAGGGAGCAAUCCAGCCACCUAUUUCUAUAAAAGGGAAACAGGUACCUGAUGAAUCUGUAUUCAAACAAAAAUUAGAUAAUGCAUUUGGUGGUCAUUCUGAUUAUUGGAAUAAGCAAAACUCAAAAGAAAAAUACGAACAUGACAGAUACAAGGAUGGAUUCUCUACAGCUUGGAAAGAUUCCUUAGAGUUUGCUAAAUUUGAUGGAUCUGUCAUAGGUAGAACUGGUGCAUGGAAGGCUGCAAGAUUGGCCGAGCACAUCAAAGACAAAGGUCUGCUGAAUUUUAUUUGGGAAUGGGAACAAGGAUUCGAUUCCGGUUUGAAAGAGUUCCUCAGUAGUUUCUAG